ACUGAGAUCCAUUUUCCAGGCGCAUGUUAUCCACACCGCCAUAGAUCAGACCUCGGCUCGAAUUGGCACACUCACCACCGCCGCCGCAGGGGAAAUAAUAAGUAGAAGCUGGAACAUUGUAAUUCACAUCUCCAUUGCCGCUGACGGCAGCAAUUUCUCCUCACCAAUGGCGGCGAAUCAACCGCUAGACUUCACAAAAACCCAACGUGUAGUCCUUUUGAUAGAUCUACACCCACUCCUCACUCUUCAUAACCCUAAACCCUACCUCACCACAGUCCUCUCCGCCGCUUCCAGCUUCCUCCAUUUCCCGCCGCUUUCCACCUCACUUUUUGCCUACAAGCUAUUCUUCUCCUCCCUCUCCCCGCUCCGUUCCGCCUCCACCAUCCCCAGUCAUCUCCACACCCCGUCCCUCUCCUUCAAUCUCCCCUCCCAUACCCUUGCUUCUCUCUCCAGCGCCCUCAGUUCCUUCCCUAUCCUAACCCAUCUCUCGAACCCCCCAGGCAAACGUGCUUCGCUCAUUGCCAGCUCACUCCUUCAGCUUAUCCACGACUAUGCCUGGGAGUCUGAGAAUGCGAAUUUGUUAGGUAAGGAUUGUUUUAGUGAUUUUAACCUUUGUAGAGUUUCUUCCAAUUUGGUUCUGUUGUUUUCGCCUGUGUGUAGAUCCAUUAAUUAUUUGUAUGAGUUCAUGGAUCUGCGCGAUUUGGAUGGGUUUUCAGUGAAAUUUGAAGAGAUCUUUUGUGGUGUGAGGGAGUCUUUUAUCACUAGGGAUAUUCAUUUUAGUUGGAUUAAUGUUAAGAUUGAUGAGCGACAAUUAGAUGCAACUGAUAAGAAGGAAGUGGAUACAAAUGAACGUGGGGUCGAAUUAGCAAUGUUUGAGGAGGAGAUUAGAAAAAUGGGUUGGGGGUUUUGCUCAAGUGAUUUGAUUGUUUUUGGUUCGGCUUUAUUGCCUUUCGGGUUGAUAUAUCCGAAAAUUGGACUUUCAUUUGAUUUUGUGGAAUUUGGUGGUAUGUGGAAGGGAAAAAGAAGUGGGCAAUUGAGUCUCGAGAUAUUGGAUAUAAAUGGUAAGCCUCUGCAAUGCAAUUGCCUAGAUCUUGAAUUGGUGAAGUUGAAGUCUCUGGGUACCAUUAGAUCUGACGAUAUUUUGAGUGCUCUGGAGCAGGGCGAUGAAUUUAAUCGAGAUGCAGUUUGGGGCCAAUUUGGAGAUGAAAGUAUAAAAAUACAGGUUAAGGCAGUGCAAAGGUAUAACGACAGUGUGGAGAUUGGAGGGUGCUUAUCUGAUUAUAUUAUAGUACGUGAGUGGACCCAAGAAAGACAAAAAGGCAAAAAUAAGAGCAAUGAUGAUACUUUUGCUGAUAGGGUUCUUGAAAUACUACAUGAAGAAAUUGGUGGAAACACUUGUAAAAAUCAGAUGCCCAUCUGGCAAAUGAUUCUGAGUUUUCUCCAUAGGGAAGGUUAUUGGGCUAUUGUCUCCCUUUCAAAUAAUAAUGGAGAUUCAUCUGUGGGUAUUCUCAAGCCUUUUACGGCUCAUUUGGCUAUCCUCUCUAUCAUAGAUGACAGUCAUACUAAAAUUGAUUAUUUAAGUCGAACCGAUUUUGGCAAGGUUGGUGAUGAGGUGCGUGAUACUUGCACUGCAGAUAUGAAUGACUCAAAUGGGUGCAUUGGCUCACAAACUGAUACUUCAACUUCUGGAAAUUGUGAACCAUCAGGAGACAGAAAAAGAAAGAAGAGCAAAAAGCAUUUGCAUCAGGGUACAACGUGGAGUUCCUUUUGCCAGGCUGUCCAUGAGGGUUCUCAAUUUGAUUUAUUGGAAGUUUACAUUUCAGGACAGUUUGAAAAGUCAAAGAAGCUAAAGUUCUUGAAAUGCUGGAUGAAGCAAAUCUGCAAAGUUAAUCCAAAUAGCGUUACGACGUUGAAUGGAUCCAAGUCCAUGGAGGAACUUUCCAUGUGUCAUGGCCUGUCUUCUGAAUUAUCUGGAGUGGAAGAGAGAGCUAUUCCUCUUUCGAACUCAGAGAUUUCAGAAACCUUCUUCAAUAAUCUUCCAAAGAGAAUUCAACAUAGUCUGGAAUCUGGUAUGGACUUGCAAAAUCUAGCAGAGCGAGUUGUCAAGUCUUGUAUUCAUUUCCUAGCUAGAAAGUGUAAGAUUAACAAUGACACAGAAGAUCAAUCCCUUCAGAAAGAUUCAACUGAUUCUUGUGAUGAAACGGUUAGUGCCAGGCUAAUGAAACUUGUACUAAAGGAACCCAAGGAAAUGAAAAAGAUACACCAGGAUCAUGAUUCAUUGUCCCAAGCAUCCAUUCAACAUCCAACAUCAGCUAUAGUCAGAGAAUAUGAAUUUCAGAUUUUACUUCGGAUGGAAAUUCUGCAAUCAGAUGUUUCUGUGACUAUGGAGCAAGCUAGUAAACAAAAGCUGGUGAAGCAGAUCUGCUCCCUUUUAGAAAUUAUCCAGUACCUCAUCGAAGGAGGCAUUCAUGGUCACGUUAGCCUAUAUGAUUAUGUAGAAAGGACCAUCAAAGCAAGGUAUAUUAACAUAUUAGAAGAUGUGGUGCACAAAAUCUACACAAAAAUGGAUCUGCUGCCAUUUGGUGAUGAGUAUGAAGUUCCGUCUCUUUUAUUCAAUAGUGAGGACAGUAAUCAACCCUGGAGAGAAAAACAUGAAAGGUAUGAGAAAGCUGAAACCAACAGCAAUCACCAAUCUGAGUUUUUGCAGCCUCCCAAAAAUGUUAAUGAGAGUACUCAAUUGAGUAUAAAAGAGGAACGUGACCACUUGUUUAAUGAAGCUCGUGAAAGGAGAGAGAGGGCUCGAAGAUUUGUGUCUUUCAGUAGCUGGAUGCCAGAUUUGCAAAGAGUAUGGGCCCCAAAGCAAGCAAAGGCGGCAAAAACAAAACCAGAGUCUAUUCCAAAGAAAUCAAAAAGAAAGGAUAGACAAAAAACUAUUUAUAGCAUUGUACACGAGACCCCAAUGACUGGAAACAAGGGGGAGAAAGAUCUCAAAGGUCAUGGGAGCUCUUCUCAUUCAGUUUCUAAAGCUUUGUUCCAAGAUGACUGAUAAAAAGUUCAGAAGAUAGCGCACACAUGCAUUUCAAUGGAUAUUGCUGUAAUAACUAAUAACAUUAAUUCUUGUAUCGCAUUAAUAGAAAGCAGAAUCAGAAAGGAGACGGUCAUCAAGCAUUUAACUCCACAUACUUACAACUGUAAAAUCCUGUUUGUAGCUGCCUCUUGAUGACUGUAAAAUUGCAUAUGCUGUACUUAUUUCUAACUUAUUAUAACAUAGAAGUGUCGAAGCAGGUA